AACAGAUAUUACAACUUUUUACCUAGGAGGGGGGAAAAAAGUGAAGCUUGACACGAUUUUCGGUAAAACAGUCACGAUCCUCGUAUGCUUUCCGUUUCAGACACCGGAAAACGAAGGGAUGUCGUCAAGGCACUCGGACCAGAUUUUCGUCACCGAUCGAUCCUGCACUGAUAUCCUCACUUUGAUCAUUCUAAUCGGUCUGAUCAUCGGUUUCGGUUUCCUGUUGAGCAUCGUUGUUCAGAAAGGAGACGUUUAUCGCAUUAUAAAUGGCUACGAUGACUGCGGGAAUGUUUGUGGCCGUGUCACUCCGCUUCAUCCCGAAUUCCAAUGCCCGGAUGGUAAGAAUGGUGACAACACGAAGAAUCCGUACUUGCAGAUCACCAUGGAUGGAAGCGGUGUGAAACGCAAGUGCACAAACAAUUGCACCGAUCAACAUAUAGUGUUCCUGAACCGUUGUGUGUCUAAGGAUAUAUCUGAAACAAUCACUUCUCUGAUUAAUAAACUCGGUUUGGAUAAUUUUUACAAGGAGGCUUGCAGAGAUCUUACUGUCGCUUGGAGGGAGAUUGUUUACUUAUUGUUGAUCGCUUUAGGCAUUUCAGUGGCUAUUUUGGUCGCCUUCCGUUAUUUAGUACAAUGGGUUGUUUAUAUGGUCUUAAUCGGUGUUAUUCUAGUUUGCAUCGGUGGUUCAACGUAUCUCUGGUUAGCGUGGUAUGCAGAAAAAAAAGCGGUAGAAGCACACAAAAUAGUAGAAGAAGACUCGAGUGAACAGUCUUACUUCAUUUAUGCAAUCACGUUGACUGUUAUUACGGUCAUCACACUUUUGAUCGUUUUGGUGAUGAGAAAAAGAAUCGCUCUCGUAAUGCAACUGUUCCGUGAAGCAGGAAAAGCUGUUUACGCAAUGCCGGUCCUCCUUCUCCAGCCUAUAUACACUUAUCUCUUGAUCGGUAUUACUGUAUGUGCCUGGAUUUACUGCAUGCUUUGGAUAGAAAGCGCAGGAAAUAUUUAUAAGAACAAGAAGGAUCACAUCCAUUUCCGGAAAGAUAGCAUUGUGAUUGCAAGUAGAUGGUACAAUAUCUUUUUCUUCUUCGUCACCUGUGAAUUCCUUCUAGGUUGCCAGCAUAUGGUUGUUGCCCUCGCUGUUGCACGUUGGUUCUUCACCAGAGACAAGAACCAUCUCUCUCUGCCAGUCGCUCGUGGUUUUUGCUAUCUCACACGAUAUCACUUGGGCACGGUCGCAUUUGGUGCACUGAUUAUUGGUAUAGUUCGAUUGAUAAGAGCUGUUAUUUUAUUCGUACAAAAUCGUCUGAAACAUUACGAUAAUGAUCUCGUACGAGUAAUAUUAUGGUGCUGCCAUUGUUGUUUCUGGCUUUUCGAAUGCGUUUUAAAGUUUCUCACUAGGAACGCUUAUAUCGAAACAGCAAUAUACGGAUGUAAUUUUUGUAGGGGAGGUAAAAAGGCUUUCCAAGCCUUGUCCAGCAAUAUAUUAAGAGUUGCAGCUAUUAAUAGUGUUGGAGAUUUUGUCCUGUUUUUAGGAAAAGUGUUGGUAGUUACGUUAACAGUUGUUUCAGGAAUUUAUUUAAUUCAGAAAGAAGGACUCCAUUAUCCAUGGAUACCAAUUGCAUUGGCUGGAGUUUUUGCUUUCAUAGUGGCGCAUUGCUUUAUUUCCAUCUAUGAGAUGAUCAUAGAUACGAUAUUCAUUUGUUUCUGCGAAGAUUGCGAGAAGAAUGAUGGCAUCAAUAGGCCUUACUUUAUGAGUCGAGGAUUGAUGGAAUUUGUUGAAAAUAGCAAAAAAGCACUCCAAUACGCGAACCAUCAUGCUGCUGAGUCGUAAAGAUUCGAUUGCUCUUCAAAAGCUUAUUAAACAUUUGAGAAAUGCAAGGAUCUUCAGAUUUACUGUG